UUGUUUAGUUAUUUGCAAUAAUUUCGUCAGAAACUUUAGUACAUUGUCGAUUGAAAACUUCUAAUAUUACCCUAUGAUUUUGCCCUAAUAUUGUCACUAUGGGUCGCAAGAACAAAUCGGCCACUCCAGAGAAUCAAGAAUCAUGUCAAAAGCUAAAUUUCUUGCACCAGGCAUCUCAUGCAGUUCUAGCUAUCAAUCCAGAAAAUAUCGAAAUGUCAAGAUUUUAUGCAAGCACGAUGAAAACAGUAGCAGAGAAAGUUGUAUUUAAAUUGGACCCAAGCAUUAAAAGAACCACUUGCAAACACUGUCAUGCUCUGCUUAUACCAGGAGUCACUGCUAGAGUCAGAGUAAGAAGGAAGAGAGAGAGACACAUUGUAGUGACAUGUCUUGAUUGUCGUACAGUAAGACGGUACCUUUGCAGGCCUGAUUAUGUCUUAUGGAGUGAACGAAAGGAUAAUAAUGCACAAGAAGAUAAAAAAGACAAGAACACUAUGCAGGAAAAUCAAAAGCAAGAACAGGGAAAGAGCUAGUAGCAGCUGACCUGAAAAUGGAAAGGAAGUGACUGAUAACAAAUAGUGUCAUAUUGUUACUAACAAAACGCUGUACGUGUCAAGAAGCCCUCAAGUUAAUGCUGAUGGCUUCCACUUGUCAGCACAAGUUAAGUGUCCACACUGACACUGCAAUAUGGGAAAAUUUUAAAAUGAACAGCCCCAGCUGAAACUUUCUUCUCAGUAGCUUUCAUUAUCUCUGACUCAAAAGUUACAGCCAUAGAAACAUGACAUACCAUGUAAAAUUUCAUUAGGUUGGGUAAUGCAAAUGUAUUGGCUCGACCUUUCUGAAUCUUGAUGAAAUCUUGCAAUAUGUCCAUUCAAAUGAAAUCACACAGACUAUCAAUGGUUUGAAUCAAGAAGGCAAUGGAUUAAAGCAUGAACAAACUUUAAGAAUCGUACAGUCAGUGAAAGAAUUUACUUCAGUACACAGGUCAACUUCCCUUAUUUUAUAUACCAGUGACAAACUAAUACAGUGCAAAGUUUGUGCCUUGAAGGUGUUGCUUUAUUAGAGCUGAAUGCUCUGUUGUUUGAUGCCUCACUGGGUGGGGUCAGCUUUGCAACCCAGUAGUCUGGGAUAUAGCAUUUAACUUUGUUACAGAGGAGAUAGGGAUAGGACCUUCACAUCAUCCCAGGGGUACUCUUGAGAAUACUCCUGACCAGUUAGGUCUCCUCCCGGGGGGGGGGGGGGUGUUACUCCCUUAUAUGUGCUAUAUAGGUAUGUGCGGCCCCAAAGGGUAUGCUUUUUCAGCUGUUUUGGUCAUAAAUAGGGUAUCGAUUUUAGCCAUCUUGAUCAUAAAAUUAAUAGGGUCUGGUGUUUGCAGUCUAGUCUUGAAUUGGGCAUGUUUUUUAAAAGAAGUUACUUUUUAAUCAUUAUUGAUAAGACAGAUCAACAAAAGCCCUUCACGAUGCCUUUAACAUCAGUCUGAUUAGGGAACUAAGUAUAAGGCAGGUCUAAAACAGGGUAUUGAUUUAGGGUCAGGCCAUAAAUAGGGUAUUGAAAAUUGCAGAUUUUGGUCAUAAAUAGGGUAAGGGUUUUGGGAAGGGGGCUGCACACCCUCACCCAAUUUUUCUUGAAGUGGAGUCCCCCUCACCCCAAAAGGAGGGCAAAACAAAGUUUUACAUGACAAGGAAAGCCAGCAAUAUUUUAUUUCAUUUUUAUGUGUUUCUCUUUACUGCAGUCAUCUUCCAUUAGUCAAAUAAAACUAUAACAAUAACAGUUACUGAUAGUAGUUUCUUUCUAUGAACAAAACUUGUAUUUUCAUUUCUGGGUUACAACAAAAAAUAAUGAAAAAAUAGAUCAAUGUAGCAUAUUGGACAAGAACAUUACAUAUUGUAACAUCAGAGUAAAGUUAAGUCUUAAGUCUAUCUUUGGCACUUAAGUUUAGGUAUUUGUUCUAUCAGAGGAGGAAACUCUGGUAUGUGACCAUUCAAAUGUACAUAUAUCUGGUACUGUUUAUAUAUUGGAUAAGGUGUUUCUAAUUUUUUCACA